AUGUGCGACAAGCGUCUCUGCGCCUGUGAAAAGAAACAGAAAGCGUCGACGAUGCUCGGGUUCCUGAGUGAAGCCGACGAGAGAGUAAAGGCACUCGAGACCGCCUACGCGGAGUACGCGGAGAUCGAUAGCGAGUCUCUGUUGAAGAAACACUUGAGCCGAGCAAUCUUCGAUAAACUAAAGACACGCAUGACCAGCGGCGGGUCCACCUUGAUGGACGUGAUUCAAUCGGGCCUAAAGAAUCCAGACUCGAACGUCGGCUUGUACGCGCCUGAUCAACAAGCCUACGACGUUUUCGCAGAACUGUUUGACCCCGUGAUCCAGGAGUAUCAUCGCGGCUUCACGCACGAGGAUGUGCAUCCCGACUUGAACUGGGGAUCGCCUGAAGAGCUAGGUAACCUGGACCCCGAAGGGAAGUAUGUGAUCUCGACCAGGAUACGUUGCGCUAGGUCCAUCAACGGCUAUCCGUUUAAUCCGACGAUGACGGCUGCUCACUAUCAAGACCUGGAAAAUAAGGUGCGCGAGGCUUUAAUGUCGUUAGAAGGCGAACUGAAAGGAACUUACUACACGCUCGCUGCAAUGGACAAAGAGACCCAGCAGCAGCUCAUAGACGACCACUUCCUGUUCAAAGAAGGCGAUCGAUUUUUAGAGGCAGCCAACUCUAACAGGUUUUGGCCGACCGGCAGAGGAAUAUUUUUUAACGAAGCGAAAAGUUUCCUCGUCUGGUGCAACGAGGAGGAUCACAUGCGUCUGAUAUCGAUGGAGAAGGGUGGGAACCUGUCGUCCGUGUACGCCAGGCUUGUUAAAGCAGUUACCGAAGUUGGAGAGAAACUGAAAUUCUCGCGGCAUCGGAGGCUCGGCUUCCUCACCUUCUGCCCGACCAACCUGGGAACCACCAUCAGGGCCUCUGUUCACGCCCAGCUGCCGAAAUUGAGCGCGGAUUAUCCGAGAUUCGAAGAAAUCGCAAGCAUGUACAACCUCCAAAUACGAGGCACUAGAGGCGAGCAUACAGAGAGCGAAGCAGGGAUUUACGAUAUCAGCAACAAACGUCGACUAGGACUGACCGAGCGAGAAGUAGUGUUCGAAAUGAGGAACGGUGUGCUCGAGUUGAUCAAACAAGAAAAAUUAUUGGAGAGAAAAGAUUCGUAA